CUUCCUCAUCUCUCUCUUGAUUUCUAUUGAUUUUUUCGUCUUGCCGUGCGUGUCAUCGCAACAUUUUCCCUUCAAAAUCAAGUGAUGGUUAUUUUACUGUCAUUUCGGAUUACUGUCUUGCAUGUAUUUAAUGAUAGCUGCCCGUGAUUACUUGAUUCUUCUUGGUCGUUCUUCUAUUUGCUUUGUCUAAUUCUUAAAUAUUCUGUCGUUUAAAGUGAAGCUCCCUUCGUACAGAAUGUUUUGGGGUGCGUGUCGAUUUGAUCCAUAUUCAUUUCAUCUCACGACUAGUACUGUUUAUGUCAAAUUUUCUCUGAGCAACUGUAUUUGACUCAUUUCACAUUACAUAUUUGCUGGGAGAAACAACAUAGUUCCAAUGUUGAUUAAUAUCGUAAACCGAAGUGGCUUCUCCACUGUUGUUUUCAUCGCGUCGAAACAUGAUGCUUAAGGAUGAUAGGGUGUUUUUUUCUGUUUAUAUCGUUAAUUUCUGGCACAAGUCAACAUGGAUCACAAUGGAGAAGUAAGUGUAAGGAAUUCGGGAUUUUCUCAUAUCGCGCUCAAUGAAAGAAUACUUGCUUCAAUGUCACGGAGAACUGUUGCUGCUCAUCCCUGGCAUGACUUAGAGAUUGGGCCUGGAGCUCCAUCAGUUUUCAACUGUGUUGUUGAAAUUGGCAAAGGCAGCAAGGUUAAGUAUGAGCUGGACAAGACAAGUGGACUUAUAAAGGUUGAUCGCGUUCUUUACUCAUCAGUUGUCUACCCGCACAAUUAUGGUUUCAUUCCAAGAACUAUUUGUGAAGACAGUGAUCCUAUGGAUGUCCUGAUACUAAUGCAGCAGGAGCCAGUGCUACCUGGUUCUUUCCUUCGUGCCCGUGCUAUUGGAUUGAUGCCCAUGAUUGACCAGGGAGAAAAGGAUGACAAAAUCAUAGCAGUUUGUGCUGAUGACCCUGAAUUCCGCCAUUACAAGGACAUCAAGGAACUUCCUCCACAUCGGCUAGCUGAAAUCAGGCGAUUUUUUGAAGACUACAAGAAAAAUGAGAACAAAAAAGUUGAUGUUGAAGAUUUUCUUCCUGCUGAUGCUGCUAUGGAUGCCAUCAAGUAUUCCAUGGACCUGUACGCUGCUUAUAUAGUUGAAAGCUUGAGGCAGUGAGCUGUUCAGAAACUGAUCGGGCAGGAGGAUAUGACUUCAAACAUUAUGUGAAUGAGAACAAACUUAAACAUUCUGAUACUGUUGCUGGAUAUUAUGCUUUUGUGGCAAUAUGUGCUACUUUGUCUGCUUGCCUUCUGGCAAAAACAUGCAUCUGAAUUCUAAAUGUAAUUGUAUUUCUUGAUGUCAUAUUGUCGCUUGUGCAGAA